AUGGAGGCUGGUCUCAGCUUCUUACAAGACAACAACAUCCAAUCCAUUUCAAGCUCCGCUUUUGCUGGACUUUUCAAUCUUCAGUGGCUAUAUCUAAGUUCCAACCGUCUCACUCAGCUGGAGCCUCGUGUCUUCCAGGACUUGCAUCUGCUUGAGUGGCUAAUCCUUGAGAACAACAACAUCACAGAGGUCAUCCCAUCUGUUUUUGCGGGGCUGAAAUCACUGCUCUUUCUGGAUUUACGCAACAAUGCCCUGAGUGCAUUGCCGAAGAUGCCCAUCUGUGCAGAGAUGCCAAAGCUAAAUUGGCUGGAUCUGGAGGGAAACCUGCUCCGUACGGUGCAGCGUUCCGACUUCCAGGGAUGCAGCCAGCUCACAGUUCUAGUUCUCAGGAGGAACAGGAUUGAAUGGAUCCAGGAAGGGACUUUUAAUGAGCUAAACAGGCUGGUGGAGCUUGAUUUGUCCUCCAACCGGCUGAAGGAGCUUCUGCCAUCAACACUGAGGGGCCUCCAGGAAUUGCAGCAGCUGAAUAUUUCAAAUAACCCUCUGCAUGUGAUCUUUCCGGAUGAAUUUGACAAUGUGCCCCAGCUGCGCUCUCUGAGCAUGGAAGGUCUGGAAAUUCCCAACAUCCACGGCCGCAUGUUUGAGAAACUCAGAAAUCUGUCACACAUCUACCUGAAGAAGUUCCACUACUGCAGCUUUGCCCCCCAUGUGCGCCUCUGCAAGCCCCACACCGACGGGAUCUCCUCCUUCAAACACCUCCUGGCCAGCCCCGUCCUCCGCGUCUGCGUCUGGCUCGUCGCCUGCCUCACCUGCUUCGGGAACCUCUUUGUCAUCUGCCUGAGGUCCUUCAUGGUUCCGGAAAGCAGCACCCACACGAUGGCCAUCAAGUCUCUCUGCUUUGCUGAUUGUCUGACAGGCACCUACCUCUUCCUCCUGGGCCUUUUUGACCUCAGGUUCUCAGGGGAGUACAACCAGCACGCCCAGGCCUGGAUGGCGAGCCUCUCCUGCCAGCUGGUGGGGGGCCUGGCCCUGCUGUCCUCUGAAGUCUCCGUCCUGCUGCUCACCUACAUGACCCUGGAGAAGUACCUGUGCAUCGUCUUCCCCUUCCGCUGCUACGGGGCAGGGAAGAGGCAGACCCUUUGCGUGCUGAUCGCCAUCUGGCUUCUGGGCUUCGGUCUGGCGCUGGUCCCGCUCUUGUUUUUCAAGAACUACUAUGGCACAAACGGAGUAUGUUUCCCUCUCCAGUCGGAUGGGGCAGAGAGCCCGGCUGCCCGGGGAUAUUCUGCAGGGAUCUUCCUAGGCUUGAACCUCAUUGCCUUUAUCUGCAUAGUCUAUGCAUACGCACACAUGUUCUACUCGAUCCACACCACUGCAGCCAGGACAGCGGAGUCUAACGUUUUCUGCAUGGAUGUGACCAUUGCCAAGAGGUUCUUCUUCAUUGUCUCCACCAACGCCCUCUGCUGGAUCCCCAUAUUUGUCCUGAAGCUUCUUUCCUUGCUCAGCGUGGACAUCCCAGGCACAGUAACAUCUUGGGUGGUCGUCUUUAUCCUGCCUAUCAACAGCGCAUUAAAUCCCAUCCUCUACACCAUCACCACCACCCCCUUCCAGGAGAAGCUCAAUAGGUUCAGUUACAAUUUCAGGACAUGUGUUGCUGAAGCGAGCACAUUUUAG